AUGCGGUUUUCGACGAGUGUGUCGGCAGCUAAGAAAAUUUCUGCUAUAGUUACUGGUGGAGCAUCGGGCCUUGGAUUUGCUACUGUGAAGAAAUUUUUAGAACAAGGUGGAAAAGUUCUUGUCUGUGAUAUUAAAAAAGCUGACGAAAUUACUAAACUUCAAGAUGACAUAGUGUUUUGCGAAACAGAUGUUACAUCAGAAUCUGCAGUCAAGCAUGCCAUUGAUCUUGCUGUAUCUAAGUUUUCCUUCAUUAAUUGUGUUGUCAAUUGCGCUGGCAUUGGUAUAACUCGUAAAACGGUCUCAAAUUCUACCAAUAGCUCACAUAGUCUAGAUGAGUUCGAAAGGGUUAUGAAAGUCAACGCUCUCGGAACCUUUAACGUAAUUCGGCUUGCCGCUCUUUCAAUGACAAAUAACGAACCAGAUGAAGAUGGUGAACGAGGGGUAAUAAUAAAUACCGCAAGCACAUCGGCAUUCGAAGGACAAGUUGGUCAAGUCGCCUAUGCGGCAAGCAAAGCCGCUGUAGUGGGAAUGACUCUGCCUAUUGCAAGGGAUUUGUCUCGGCAUAGUAUUCGAUGCGUUACGAUCGCUCCAGGGUUAAUAGAGAGCACACUGCUCUUCGGUGAUCGACAAGUUCAGCCCGAUGUACUGGAAUAUAUUAAUGACAUCCAGUUGGCUAUUGGUCGUCAAGGUUAUCCAAGCGAGUUUGCUGAUGCUGUAGUUGGUUGUUUGCACAAUAAGAUGUUCAACGGAGUCACGCUUCGAUUGGAUGCUGGUGGUAUCUUCGAUACUGCAUCGUCAACGGGAAUAACAAAGACACCUAAAGGCGCCAUUAACCACCUUGUAAAGUGUACCCCCUUCCCCAACCGUCUUGGCCGUCCAGAGGAAUUCGCGCACCUUGACAUCUGCGCUAUUGUUACUGGAGGUGCUUCAGGAUUGGGUUUCGAAACGACGAAAAUGUUACUAAGCCACGGUGCCAAAGUUAUCAUUUUCGAUAUCAAAUGCUCUUGUGGUGUUUCCGAACUUAAAGGAAAUGUAUUCUUUUCAGAAACUGACGUUACCUCAGAUGAAUCUGUUUGUAAGGGAAUUGAACUAGCUAUGCAAAAAUUUGGCAAAAUUAACUGUGUUAUCAAUUGUGCCGGUAUUUUUACCAAACACAACCUUAUUGAUGUUUCGGAAGGGAGGCCUCAUGAUCUAUGCCUUUUCGAACGUGUCAUGAAGAUAAACGUUACUGGAACAUUCAAUGUCAUACGUCUUGCUGCUUUGUCUAUGGUGAAGAGCGAUCCAGAAGAGGAUGGAGAACGCGGUGUUAUAAUAAACACUUCAAGUGUCACUGCUUUUCAAGGGGUAGCGGGUGUGACCGCCUAUUCAGCCAGCAAGGCUGCCAUUAUCGGAAUGACUCUUCCAGUUGCAAGGGAACUGGCUCAAUACGGAAUACGCUGUGUCACCAUAUCACCAGGUGCCUUUAGGACUGAAAUGACCGAAAGCGGCUCCGGUGAAACCAUGGCGAAAGUAAAGAAACUAGUACCAUUUCCAUGUCGAUUGGGUGAACCCGAGGAAUUUGCUAAUCUUGUCAAGUCAAUACUUGAAAAUAGAAUGAUCAAUGGAACGACAAUCGCCAUUGAUGGUGCUUUGCGUUUAGCUUGA